UGCCGGUGGGACGAGCCUGCGCGCGCGCCACCCGCGCGUAUUUAUUCGCAAGGCCACGCCAGCGCCGGGCCAGUGCGCACACGACACUCGCACGCGGUAUACGAUUAGCAGCGUGUGAGACACCGCGCUAUCGCGAUCACAAUCCAAACACUAAUGUUACGUUCAGUUCACUUUUAAAAAGCUUAUCAUUACGGAAAUAAAUACUAAAUAAGUUUCAAAAUGAUAGCAAUGCUAACGAACUCAAAGCUCCUGUGGGCGCUGUGGCAAGUGGUGAGCUACUGUUCUUCGCGUACGACGCUGCCGUUGCUGCUGACGGUCGUCGUGAUGUUUUUGGCGAUGCGGCUUAUACACUCAGUGCGUGAAAGCCGAAAGUUGCCGCCCGGGCCGUGGAGUCCACCCGUCGUCGGCUACCUCCCAUUCCUCGGAGUACGCCACAAAACCUUCUUGGAGCUCGCUAAAAGUUACGGUGCACUGUUUUCUACACGUCUUGGAAAUAAGCUAACUAUUGUGAUGAGUGACUACAAGUUGAUCAGGGAAGCAUUUCGCCGAGAAGAGUUUACCGGUCGACCGAACACUCCACUCAUGAAUAUUUUGGAUGGUCUUGGUAUCAUCAAUAGCGAGGGCCGUCUUUGGAAAAACCAGCGCCGGUUCUUGCACGAAAAGCUUCGUGAAUUUGGAAUGACUUACAUGGGCAAUGGAAAGAAAAUCAUGGAGGCGAGAAUUAAGAGCGAAGUUCAUGAGUUGAUCGACAAUCUGCAACGUAUGGAAGGCGAAGCAGUAGAUGCUGCUCCACUGCUUGCUUUAGGAGUAUCAAAUGUGAUUUGCGGAAUUACAAUGUCAGUACACUUCAGUCACGGCGAUGCUCGAUUCGCAAGGCUUAACCAUUUAAUCGAAGAAGGCAUGAAGCUUUUCGGUGAAAUUCACUAUGGAGAAUACAUACCUCUUUAUAACUAUCUUCCUGGCAAAGCUCAAGUGCAAGAAAAAGUGGCAAGAAAUCGCGAAGAAAUGUUUGCUUUCUAUCAAACGUUGAUCGACGAGCACCGGAACACGCUUGAUAUGGACAACGCUAGAGAUUUAAUUGACGUCUAUUUAAUCGAAAUAGAAAAGGCUAAAAUGGAAGGCAGAGAAGGAGAUUUAUUUGAAGGCAGAGAUCAUGAAUUGCAAAUCAAACAAAUUCUUGGUGAUCUAUUUUCGGCUGGCAUGGAAACCAUUAAAUCGUCAUUGCUAUGGAUGAUUGUCUUCAUGUUGAGGAACCCAGACGUAAAACGUCGCGUGCAAGAAGAACUGGAUUCUGUUGUUGGUCGCGAGCGUCUGCCUACGAUAGAAGAUAUGCCAAAUCUUCCUUACACUGAGACAACUAUACUUGAAACAUUACGCAUGUCAAGCAUCGUGCCCCUAGCUACGACACACUCCCCUACAAAGGACGUCUAUCUCAACGGUUACACAAUUCCUGCGGGAUCGCAAGUCGUGCCUCUAAUCAAUUGCGUCCACAUGGAUCCAAACCUUUGGGAGGAGCCGAAUAAAUUUAACCCGAGCAGGUUCAUAGAUGAAAACGGUAAAAUUAAGCGACCGGAAUUUUUCAUGCCGUUCGGAGUCGGAAGGCGGAUGUGCCUGGGGGACGUGUUGGCGCGCAUGGAAAUGUUCAUGUUCUUCGCGAGCAUGAUGCACCAGUUCGACGUGGAGACGGAGGCGGGCGCCGCGCCGCCGUCGCUGGAGGGCACGGUGGGCGCUACGAUCGCGCCGAAAGCUUUCCGCGUGAAGUUCGUGGCGCGCGCGCCGCCCGCGCCGCCCGCCGCCGCCGCGCUCGACCACCCGCACCUGCGUCACGUGGGCGCCCACUGAGCGCGCUACGCCUACGCCGCUAGCCACUACAUACCCACCAGUAUUCCGUGAUCACUCGUUUUAGAGCGCAUCGAUGACAAAUUUAAUUUAAGUAUAUAUUAGUAAGUGACGACGUCGCCCCAGCGAUCGUCUAGGCUGUGCAUAAAGUGUUCAAUAAAAUAGUAAUCGAACUUUACUUUAGGUGUAUUGAAAAUUCCCAUCGUUGAGAUUAUGAAUUGUUAUUUUAUAUCUUCAGUAUUAUGUAUAGGUUUUCGAUCUAUGAGAUCGUCGUUAAUCACAUACAUCGAAUGAAUCAGUUUCGUAACGAAAUGUAGUUAGUUCACUGACAUCUUAAGCUCUAGUUCCCUAUACCAAAAUAAAUGUAUAAUUAUUAUCGUUAUUUAUUAGUAAGUAUCACUUGAGAGUGUUGUCUGUUGAGUGUGAUCUCAUGUUCAAUGUGUGAGUAUACAUUAGUAUUUUGUUAAGGUUUGUACGUGUUCAUUUUUACAUUUCUAGUUAAAUAUGUACCACCUAUCAUGAGUAAUAUACUAAGUAGCAUUCCAUGGUAGCGUAGAACCAACAACUAGUCUAAGAGCGGCAAACUCUGUCGCUGUAGGUAGAUUAUUAUUUUUAAUUGUGUAACUUUGACGAUUUGAACUUUGAUUCCUUUUACAUCAGAAAAAUAGUUCGCAACCAAGUUGCUUUUAAUAAAUUCCAGUUUCAUGUGUUCAUUUGGAUUGUUAUAAAUUGCCUUUUUUCGUAAAACUGUUAUUUACGCUAGCUUUGUAAAUAUUGCAUUACGUACUUUUAGUGGAUUACAAGAUUGUAGUUUGGAAUAAAUGAUAAUCAUUUCAUAUGA